AUCAGAUAGAAUAUCUGUCUUUAUAAAAAUGAUCCAGCAGUUUAUUGAUUCAAUUCAAUUGAAUCAACAAGUCCAGGUGAAAAAUGUCAUUUAAAGAAAUUAGUGUCGAUGAAGUUUAUCAAAGAGAUAAGAAUAUUAAAAAAGAAGAUGUCCAAUCGUUGAGUGAGUGGGUAAGCAAACAGCCACAUCUGCCAAAAAUUACCGAAUUACAGUUAAUUCUGUUCCUUCAUAGUUGUAAUAAUAGCAUUGAAACGGCAAAAAAUGUUAUAGAUAUUCAUUUUUGUAUGAAAACUGCAUGUCGAGAUAUUUUCGGAUCACGUACUAUGCACGAUAAAGUAUUUCAAGAGGGACUCAAUUAUUAUUUAUGUUACCCUUUCUCAACGUUAACACAGACAGGAGAUAUGAUAAUUUAUUCAAAAUUAUCGAAUCCUGAUCCUUCUAUUUAUUCCGUUGCGUGUCACAUGAAAGUAUUAGAUGUGGCUAUUUUCCUUCAUUUACAUCAAUAUGGACCGCCAAACGGUCUCCAAAUCAUCGUGGAUAUGGAAGGAAUCACUUUGGGACAUUUAUUGAAAGCCAAUCCGAUUGUUAUUAAGAAAGUUUCGUAUUAUUUUCAGGAAGCGCUUCCGGUGAAACUAAAACAUGUACACUUCAUUAACGUGGUGAAUUUCAUAGAUAAAAUUUUUGCUGUCAUUAAACCGCUUCUUAGCAAGGAACUUUUUAAUUUGUUCACCAUACACGCAGAUAUGGAUUCUAUUUAUAAAUUUAUCCCAAAAGAAAUACUCCCUGAAGAAUUGGGUGGAAACGAAGAAUCAAUUCCGAAAUUGCAGGAAAAUUUGAAAAAUCGUAUAAAAACUGGCGAGAAAUUAUUGAAAUUCCAAGAAGAACAAUUGGUUGACGAAUCUAAACGAAAAGGGCCGUCAAAAUAUAACGAAAACCUUUUUGGUGUUGACGGUAGUUUUAAAAAACUGGAAAUUGAUAUUACAGAUUUUUUUAUAAAAAUGUCUGACAAAGAAAUAAAUGUAGAAGAAAUAUAUGAAAAAGAUUCAAAAUUGAAACGAAAAGAUGUAGAAUCAUUAUUAGAUUGGAUUGAAAAGCAACCACAUUUACCACACAUUACUGAAUUGCAAGCAAUACUGUUUCUUCAUAGUUGUGAUUAUCGAAAUGAAGCUGCAAAAACUACUAUAGAUACGUAUUUUACAGUAAAGACUCUUUGUUAUGACAUGUUUAAUCCACGAACUUUGAAAAAUUCACUAUUAUUAGAGUCAUUGAAUUGCACUUUAGUAGCCGUACUUCCUCAAUUAGCCCCCUCUGGUGACACUGUAAUGCUAACUAAAAUUCUAAAUAGCGAUCCUGCUAAAUAUAAUUUAAAAGAACAAUGUAAAUACUUCGAUGUGGUGACUAUGCUUUAUUUGCACCAAUAUGGACCAGUGAACGGUCUUCAAAUAAUAUGUGAUAUGAAUCAAUCCACAAUUGGGCAUGUAUUGAAAAUAAAUCCAGUAAUUGCGAAAAAAUUUCUUUUCUACUUACAAGAAGCUUUACCUGUUAGAAUAAAAUAUAUACACAUAAUUAACGUAGCGUCUUUUGUUGAUAAACUUUUAGCUAUAAUAAAACCGUUUAUGAAAAAGGAACUACUUGAUGCUUUAUUACUGCAUACUGAUAUGGAAACUUUCUACAAAUAUGUCCCUAAAGAAAUUCUUCCUGUAGACUACGGUGGUUGUUGUCAAAACGUUCAAAAAUUACGAAACGAUUUAGAAAACAACAUGGCAGAAUGCGAGGAUUUAUUAAAAUUCCAAGAGAAUCAACAAGUUGACGAAUCUAAGCGACAAGGGCCGAUGAAAAACGAAGCAAAUAUGUUCGGAAUCCAAGGAAGUUUUAAAAAAUUAGAAGUUGAUUAG